CUCUCGCUGUCUCUCUCUCUCUUCUCUUCCCUCCUCUUUGUUUUUGCAAAGAUGGCAACCGAGGGGCUGCAGGAGAACGAGACCCUGGCCUCGCUGAAGAACGAGGCCGAGAGCCUCAAGGGCAAGCUGGAGGAGGAGAGGGCCAAGCUGCACGACGUGGAACUUCAUCAGGUGGCAGAGCGCGUGGAGGCCUUGGGGCAGUUUGUGAUGAAGACACGAAGGACAUUGAAAGGCCAUGGCAAUAAAGUCCUCUGCAUGGACUGGUGCAAAGAUAAAAGAAGAAUUGUCAGCUCUUCCCAGGAUGGGAAGGUGAUUGUUUGGGAUGCCUUCACUACCAAUAAGGAACAUGCGGUGACGAUGCCUUGUACCUGGGUGAUGGCAUGCGCCUAUUCCCCAUCAGGAUGUGCCAUUGCAUGUGGUGGUCUGGACAACAAAUGCUCUGUGUAUCCACUGACAUUUGAAAAAAAUGAGAAUAUGGCAGCCAAGAAGAAAUCUGUCGCCAUGCACACCAAUUACCUGUCAGCUUGCAGCUUCACUAACUCAGACAUGCAGAUCUUGACUGCUAGCGGAGAUGGCACUUGUGCACUCUGGGAUGUGGAAAGCGGGCAGCUUCUGCAGAGUUUUCAUGGUCACGGAGCUGAUGUCUUAUGCCUGGAUCUUGCUCCUUCGGAAACAGGAAACACAUUUGUGUCAGGGGGGUGUGAUAAAAAAGCAAUGGUUUGGGACAUGAGGACUGGCCAGUGUAUUCAGUCGUUUGAAACCCAUGAAUCGGAUAUUAAUAGUGUCAGGUAUUACCCAAGUGGAGAUGCCUUUGCCUCUGGGUCAGAUGAUGCCACAUGCCGCUUAUACGACCUCCGAGCAGACAGAGAAGUGGCCAUUUAUUCCAAAGAGAGCAUCAUCUUUGGGGCAUCCAGUGUGGACUUUUCUCUUAGUGGCCGCUUACUGUUUGCUGGCUACAAUGACUACACCAUAAACGUGUGGGAUGUUCUGAAAGGGGCUCGUGUGUCAAUCUUGUUCGGCCAUGAAAAUCGUGUUAGCACUUUGAGGGUUUCACCUGAUGGGACUGCCUUCUGCUCAGGAUCAUGGGAUCACACUCUGAGAAUCUGGGCUUAAUCCUCAGCGCUAUUUCCAAAUGCACAUUAAAAUUGACAUUGUGGGAUGAAGGAGAGAAAGAUCUCAAAACGUGAAAAACAAGAAGAUACAAGAAAGAAACAAAAUGCAACAACAUGAUGGUCGAAAGAUUGAAGGCUACAUUGUCAGUGUUUUAUCACAUUGUUGCCCAAAUGGAAUCACUACUGAUAAGAAAAAGGUAAUAUAGGUAAUAUACUUUUCUCAUACCGGGGAAGGGGGGAAUCUAUGUGCGAUAUAAUAAUAAGCUGUUUUUAAUUGUUUUUGAAACUAACUUUUUUUCUUAGAAGUAGUUUAAUAAUUCUGGAAGCCAGACUUCUGUCAAAAUAAGCGGUAAAACAAUUUCGUACUUUAAUGCACAUGAUGUAUGUAGCAUUUGCAUGAGAUUACAUUUCUUCCUAAACUUGGAAAUAAAACCAGAGUAUCUUGAGGUAUCAGGGUAUCUGAGGGCUCUUGGAAAAGUUACUUUUUUUGAACUACAACUCCCAUCAGCCCAAUCCAGUGGCCAUGCUGGCUGGGGCUGAUGGGAGUUGUAGUUCAAAAAAGUAACUUUUCCAAGCUCUGGGGCUCACUCCCUCAUUCCAUAGAAGCAGCAAGGGAGAAAGAAUUGAGUGAUUUGCAACUUCUACCCACUCUUCCGGGUCUCCCAUAACAGGUAAAGAUCAUGAGCCAGCGUGGUAUAACAACUGGGAGUGUUGAUCUAGGACUGGGAAGACCCAGGUUUGAAUCUCCACUUGGCCACGAAUCUCUGGGUGUGACCUUUGGCCGCUCACUAUCUUUCAGUCUAACCUACCUGACAGGGUUGUUGUGAAAAUAAAAUGGGAGUCGGGGAUGGAGACCUAUGUAUGCCACUUUGAGCAUCCUGGAGAAAAGGCAGGAUAUAAAUGUAAUUAAAACAACAACAACAGUGUGCUCUUCUGAUGUGAGAGUGUCCAAAUCUUCAUGGGGAGCAUGCAUGUUCUUCCCAGCUCAUGUGAUCUGAUGUGGUGACAGGUCACACAUCUGCUGUCCUUCACAGAAGGCUCAGCACCAGGAAUGAGAGGCCCAGUGGCUCUCCAGGUGUUGCUGGACUGCAACUCCCAUCAUGCUGAUCAUUGAUUAUGCCAGCAGGGGCCGAAGGCAGUUGAAGUCCAACAGCACCUGGAGAGUUCUAGGUAAGCCAUCCCUGUUUAAACCAAGGAGGAAGAGAAGCACAAUGCAUCAUCCUUCCUCUCUCAGCUUUUAUGAAAUAUCUGAAUAAACCCUGACUCUUGAAACAUUCCGUGGUUGAAUAUUGAAUGUGAAGCUUUAAAAAGAAAAAAAAAACAGUGCAAUUCAGAAUAAUUUAAAAUCAAUGGGAUUUUCUUUUGGCCAGUUUUUUCUGUUGGAUGUGGACUGCAUUCAGUUAUCAGCUGGUUGUUACUUAAUUUUAAGUGAGUUAGAAACAAUUCACCUAACAAAGUAAUAAAAUUGGGACAGAUCCUUCAAAUAGUGACACCCAAUGCCGAUGUAACACUUCCCUAAUCUCUUGGCCACAGUCCAGAGAUGGGAAAACAAGACUUCUAACUUGGGGCUUUUUGCUUUGUUCAGCUCAAUCAUUUUAAAUUAAAAAAAGAGUUUGCAUCUGUGUCAAGUUUGCAUCUGUGUCAGUAUUUCCAGGAUCUGAUCCUACAGAGCCAACAAACUUCCUGUUCAAUUUAAUGGAUGUUAUAUAAAAGUGUAUUUUUUGUAAGAAUAAUCGUUUCUGUCUCUUUUUUAACUGUUUUUAGAUGCAGUAAUUUAAUCUUUGUGUUUUGAACUGAAAUAACUUUGAAGUGUACAACUUAAUAGAAAUGAAAAGUAGUUUAAAUUUACGUGUUUGUGAAAUGCUAGUUACGUAGUUCCUCAGAAAGUUUAAAUUAUGUAAUUUGAGGGAUUUUUGUUAAUUACAGAGAUGCUGAACCCUAGGUACUUACUACACCCAUUUAUGAAUUGCAAACACUGGGGUCAUUUGCAAUGAAUUAGUGUAGCAGUGUAAGAUUUUACAUGGCAAAUGGGUAUGAAUGAUUGGUUGGCAAAGAAAAUCUCCUAAAGAGUGAACACACCAACCUGGGUGUGGGAAACCAGCAGCCCUCUGGUUGUUGUUGGACUACAACUCCCAGCAUCUCUGACUGGGGUUGAUUGAAGUUGGAGCUCAACAACGUCUUGGAGGGCCACAGGUUCCUCAUACCUGCACUAAGACAUGAACUAGACUGAGCUCUCUCACACCUCCCUCCCUUCCCCUCUCCUUCCAAGCAGAUGGGAGGAGGAGCUUGGAAGCUUCGGCUUUCGUUAACUGUAACUUCCCGAUAUGGUCCAAACUGACAACUAUGGUUAAUACUAACUGUGGCAAGUCAGCUUCAGAAACCAUGGUUUGAAGUUGGGCUUGUUUGAAACUAAUCGCAGUCAACGUUAACCACUGUUUGCUGCUGCAGACGAUACAACAAACCACAGCUAGCUAAACACAAAAGCUUUCAAACUCCUCCUCCCAGCUGUGCACACAAGCCCACGAGAAAGCUAGACAGGGCAGCUGAACUGCAGUUCAUCAUGACAUAUGAAUGUGGCUUUUUGUAGAAGUAUGUACAGAUGGAUAGGGGUUACUGCCUUAUUUGGGGGCAGAUGCUUUGUUCCUAACACACAGAGGAUGAGCCAUAGCUUAGUGGCUGAGUACCUGCUUUGCAUGCAGAAGGUCUCAGGUUUAUUUAUUUAUUUAUUAUUUGAUUUAUAUUCUGCCCUUCCUCCCAGCAAGACCCCAGGCUCAAUUCCUGGCAUCUUCCAAGCAGUAGUGUAGUGGCAAUUUCAGAAGUACAAGAUACCUUCAUGAUAGUUGUGCCACUCAUCCCUCAUAUCUACGGCCCCUUUUCCACUGUCCCUUGUCUUUCUGUCAUUUUGGGAGUCUACACCCCAAUACAACAGAUGUCCCUAGGAGCCAAUCAGCAUGAAAGGGGAGGCUUUGUGUUAGCUACUGAGCAGAGACUUCUCAGUGGCGGACUCACCUUCGUUUCACUCAGCAUAAAAGGACAAGGACUAUUUUCAGUGGCUAAUAUGCUCGCUUUUCAUGCUGAUUGGCUCAUACAUAGGGACCUGGCUGGGACCCUGCUCUCAAAAAAGUCAUGGAUCUAUGACACACACACACACCCAUCACUCCGGAUGACUUCACCCUUGCUCCCAAGUAUCACUGGAAAGCACCACUGUCUAAAAUUUUGGAGACUGGCUGCCAAGCUAUUUAGACAGCUCUAGGCUAGACAGGCCCAUGGUCUGACUGUACAAGGCAGCUUUCUAGGUCCUAACAAGGAGAAAACAGCAAAUGAGCGCUUCUCAUUUCUGCAUCUUUCCAUGCUGGAAAGGCAACACCAGUUGUGAGCAGGGAAAAGGAGGUUGCAUGCCAUUAUCUUUCCUUCCCCACUACCAUUCUGUCCAACUCAGACAAAAAGGCUAAGUGAGAUCCCAGUGCCAUUCAUGGACUGAAGUUGCAAGCAGAGAAGUACCCCAGUCAAAUGCCCCUGCAUUUAAUUAAUUAGCCAUGUCAUAGGUGCUAGCCAAUUAGUGUCCUCCACACCUGGCUUCUUCGUAGUUCAAGCUUAACCAUGCUGUAGACUUGUCAAAACCAGAAUCCCCCCCCCAAUUCCCUGGAAGGGAAAAAGUUGCUUGUCCUGAAUGCACUUCUAAGCCAUCCUGAAUGCACUUCUAAGCCAUCCUGAAUGCACUUCUAAGCCAUCCUGAAUGCACUUCUAAGCUAGCACCAAAAGCUCUCCAAAUGUUAGGUCUUUGUAAGGGAUACCCUCUAAAAAUAUAGAGAGUAUGACUUACAUUUGCUUGGAUUCAGAUUUAAAUGAUUGCGCUUUCAGCCAACAAACUGAAAUUCAUUAAUGGGCCAUAAGAUUUUAAAAAUACUUAAAUAAGGGAAAAAAGAGAUAUAGACAGGAAGAUCUCUAGCUACAUCAGCCAGUGAUAAUGUAGCUGUUUUGUUGUUACAUAGGAACAUCUCAAAUCUUCUGCUGUCCUUGACAAAUCACUUCCCACAAUUUUUGUUUGGAAAAUGGAUUUUAUGCGCUUAUGCCUGUUACAAAUUGCACUAUAAAAACUGUUAAAUGUUAAGAGCUCAUUGUGCAAUACCGAGUUGACACACUGUGCACUUUGAUUAGACAGUAUUUAUUGAUGAAAUAUUUUGAGGUUUGAACGGAAUAUAUUGUGUUGAUAGUUAUGAGUGGCCUCAGUAUAAUAAAUUGUAUUUUACAUACUGAGGCUCUUUGAUUGUCUCUAAACACUUUUUAGGAUGCUACUCUUUGUUUACUUUGCCAUGCAUUCUCAGUGUGAAGACACUUUUUUGACCUUCCCGUGUUCAUGAUUUGGAGUGGGAGGUGGGACAAAGGACAGGAGCGCUUAAGUUUCCACCUACAACUCCACUUCAAAUCCCUCGUUUAAUCCACAUUUCCCCUCUGUAGAUUUCCAACAUGAAGGUAAGCUCUAAAUCAUACAGUUGAUUGUUUGAAAAAUCAUUGCUAAUUACAGCACUUGAACCUAAAUGUACGUGAGGUUGGGGGUUCCCAAACUGUGGUCCGUGCUGUCUGUGGAUUUGUGGU